GCAUUCAAACUUCGUCAACCAUAUAUAGAAAUUAAAUCUUCAUUCUUCCCUUUUUCUUCUUCCCGAUCUUCUUUGGUGUCAGAACAAUGAAUUUAAGUCUUUUACCUCAAGAUUGUAUUGCACACAUUCUCUCGUUUGCUUCUGCUCGAGAAGCAUGUCGGUUGUCGAUUGUCUCGGAGAUGAUGCAUUCAAUGGCUGAUUCUGAUGUUGUAUGGGACAAAUUUCUUCCAUUUGAUUGUAAGGAAGUUUUGUUGAGAUUAGAUUCUCCACUGGUUUACAACACUAAAAAGGAGUUGUAUUUCAAGUUAUGUUGUCCCCAUCUUAUUGAUGGGGGCAAGAAGAUAUUUUAUAUAGAUAAAGAGACAGGUAAGAAAUGUUAUAUUUUAGGUGCAAGGGAACUUCAAAUUCAAUGGUCAAACAAUCCUCUAUAUUGGUCUUGGAAUAGACAACCCUUUCUCAAAUCAAGGUUUGAAGAAGUUGCAGAAUUGAGAACUAUAUGGUGGCUAGAAAUAAAAGGCUCAAUCAAUACCAAAUUGCUUUCCUCAAAAACACUUUACUUUGCAUACCUUUUGGUGAAGUUUGCAGAUAGAGCUUAUGGAUUAAACACUCAUCCAUCUCAAGCCACAAUAAUUCAACUCAACACAGUGACAUCUAAAAGAAAAGUGUAUUUGCACAAGCAAAAGGGGUACAAAAAUCAAAAUAACUUUGGUGGAGUAGAGGAAGACGACGACGACGACGACAGUUGGAUCGAGAUCGAGUUGGGGGAGUUUUAUGUUUAUGAUUCUGUAGACAACGUCGUAGAGAUGUGCUUGAAAGAAAUCGAGAGUCAACAUUUGAGAGGCGGUCUUGUUGUCGAAGGAAUUCAACUUAGACCAAAAUUGAAACUAUAAAUGUAAAGAAGGCUUUGAAUAAAUUGUUAAGCCGAAGAAUUAUUCAACGAGACAAGUACAACGAGCAAUAUAAAAGACAUGCAAAUUGAUAAUCGAGUUUUGGACAA